AUGGCCGAGCCAUCUGCACCUCCACCGCCUGGGUCGAGGGCCAUCAAGAUCCCGCUCAACACGAACCCAGAGUACAGAGUUCCCGGGCGUCGACGUCGGAGCGAACGCUACAUCAAGAACGCCGAGCGGGCCGAGUCGUCGGACGCUGGAUCGUUGUCGCUGGGGUCGGAUCAAGAGUCGGCGUGGCCCUCCUACAACUCAGCCGCCGGCCAGUCCGUUGGGCACCGUUUCCGAACGAUGGUCUCUCCAGGUCAAGAUCAACUGCCUCCCGUCUCGAGCCCCGCGGACAGUAUCGACUCGACUCAGCGCAAGGACAAACAAAAGGCAGCCUACCCUGCACCGAGCGCCACGGCCGCAGUCUUCAGUCAAUCCUCGUCACCUCUCGGCCCGUCCAUGCUAGCAUCUGGGUUGUACAAGUCCAUCAACCUCAACUCUCUGCACGACGACCCAGACGAGCCUCCGAGACUGAUCACCUACACCAAACACAGCCAAGGGUUCACCUGGAACGACGAACUGUUCCUUCCCAGCUACAUGCUGGGACGCUACGGAGAUCGAGGCCGUAAGAAGCAGUACGACGGAGACUUUGGGGACGAGGAACACUGCCCUGUGGCUGAAAUCUUCAUUACAGACGAAGAGGCGGAGGCCAUGAUACCGUGA